AUGUCUCCAGAACAGCCUCGUAUCCCAGAUCGCCCGGCUCUUGGCGAAUCCUGGGUCAUAGCAUCAACUGCUUCUUUGAAGGAAAAAGAAGACCCCACCAAAGCCCCAAAUUCCACGCAUGAAAGCAAAAAGGCGACCACAAAGACAGCCGGCCCGGCAUCGGAGUCACUGACAUCCUCAUCGUCAUCAUCAUGGACAAUAUCAGGCCCGGAGCUGAUCAUGCCUUCUAUCUGUGAAACACCUAAUCCAGAAGGGUCAUGGGUGGAAUAUGUGCGCGGCCCGAAGCAGCAAGGCUCAGAAAGCAUGAGAAAACGACGCAAAGUUUCCAUUCCGAACGGUACAAAGCAGCGAGAGCAGGACCGGACCGAUGCUAAAGCUAGAGAUGCAGAAACUGGUUCGUCUACAGAGAUGACCACCAAACAAGCAGGCCUAGUUGUGAAAUCCAAGUCUAUCUUUCGUGGCCAUACUGCCUUCAUCCGCAAAGUAAUCAACGCAGUCUUAAUCGCCAUCAUCCUGCACCUGCUGGUUCUUCCCGAGCUGGUCUACCAAGCCAAAGACCUCUGCGAUAUUUCACACAUCAAGACUCUCUACCCCAACAGCUGUAUCACCUUCCCCACGACAUACCCACCACACAGUGCCUUCCACCCAUCGGCAAUAGUACCCCCAGAAGAAACCCUUGCAACCUCCCAGCGCCAACUAGAAUCCAUAUUGGACACCGCGCUCGAAACUCUCACGCCUCUCUCCACAUUCCUCAAACAAAGCGAAAGCAUGCUCGCCGACCUAGAAUCGCAACUGAAAUCAACCUACCCAGACGUUCGCAACGCACUGGACCUCGAAUUCACCGGCAGCAACCAGGCCGUGCAAACAGCAGUAUGGGAAUUCGAUUCCCUACGGGCAGAUCUGCGCUCAGCGAUCGAGAGCCUGCUCGCCUCGCGACCAGCGACCGAGAUAAGCGGCACUGCAGCUCUAGACACACGACUGGCGAUCCAAAUGCGGCGACGCGAAGAGUACCUAGACCGACUACGGGCGCAGAUUCGCAGCAAAGCAGACUCCCUCAACACGCGAUUCACAACACUAGACGACCAUCUCGAAGCAGUAGACGGGAUCGUAGCGCGCGAAGAACGGCGGAGACCAACAUUUCAGAAGUACGGGUCUGGGUCGGACGAUAGCAGCAGUGAUCGGCUAUAUGCCGUGCUCGAUUCGCUCCCGCUAGGACCGUUCGGGGCAUAUUUGUUCCGGGGGCGAUCGUCAGGAAAUGCAGAUGCCAAUCCGGUUGCAUUGACGGAGUCGUCAUCGUCUGCCGUAACCUCCGCAUCCACCGGGUCCACACACACCCCCCGGCCCGCGGCAACUCUUGCCCUCCUUCGGGUGGCUGCCACGCACCAUCGUCCCGUUGCUGACUCGGUGUUGCGAUUAUCACGCCAAUUAGGGGAUCAACGUGCGACUGGGGCCGGGUCCACUUGGUGA